AAAAGACCAAACACAACAGUUGCCAAUUCAAUACCUUUUUAUUCCACUACGGAGGGAUUUCCAACACCAUGCUCUUUUUCUAAUCACAUUAUAAAGUAAGAGACUAUGUUGUUUAUCCCCAACUCCAUCUGUGUUGUGAUUUUUUGUAAGUUACUCCUCUGUUUCAAUUAGCCAUAAGGGCUGCCCUCUCAAAGCUAUCUUUGGACAAUUUUAUCGUCAUGGCUAGCCUUAACUCUGACCAACAUGGGGUUUCGAGAUCAUUUUCAAAAUCUCCACCAACUCAUUACACUCUAAAAAUAGAGUUGUUUUCGGAGCUCAUUGAAAAUUCAGUGGAUAAGUACGAGUCUGAGGAAUUCGAAGCUGGAGGAUACAGAUGGAAACUAGUGCUCCACCCAAAUGGUAACAAGACAAGGGACGUGGAAGAGCACAUCUCUCUAUACUUGGAAAUGGUUGGAACUGAUUCACUUCAGUUUGGUUGGGAAGUAUUUGUUGGUUUCAGGUUCUAUUUGCUUGAUCAGAAGAAGGGAAUGUACUUUGUUCUUGAAGAUGCCAAUGAAAACGAGAAGUGUUUGCAUGAGAUGAUGCAUUGUUUGGGUGUUGAUCAAUUUAUCUCUUUUGAAGCAUUUACUGAUGUUUCCAAGGGAUAUCUCACGGGUGACACCUGUGUGCUUGGAGCGGACGUCUUUGUGUUCAAAGAAAGAAGGAAAUGCAAAGGAGAGUGUCUUUCAAUGAUAAAAGAUUCUGUUAUGCGCAAGCAUGUUUGGAAGGUUGAGAACUUUUCGAAGUUAGAUGCUGAGAGCUACUACUCAGAAUCAUUCACAGCUGGAGAUCAGAAAUGGAAGAUACGGCUCUAUCCGAAGGGUCAUGGAAAAGGAAAUGGCACUCAUAUUUCUCUUUACUUGGAAUUAGAUGAUCCAAAAGUACCUCCAGGUUCGAAAAUAUUUGCAGAUGUUUCCCUGGGCAUUGUCAAUCAAUGCGGCGCCAUUUAUGAGUGUUAUGAAGCUAAUAUGUGGUUCACUGCAUCGAGCCCGAGUUGUGGUUCUUCUACUUAUAUGACACUGAAUUCUUUCGGUACGGAAGGCAAGGGUUUUUUGUUGAAGGAUACUUGCUUGGUGGAAGCCGAGGUCACUGUCCGUGGAGUUGCCAGAGAACUAUAGUUGUCUUAUGUUCGGGAUGAGAUUUAAUGUUAAAAUGAUGUUAAUUAGGCUCAAGUUUGUGUUUUCUUAAGUGAUUAUUAGAAUGCUUGCCUUUUCUUUUUCUUCAAAACUGUCAUGCAACAAAAAUCGUCCACAUUACUUAGUAAAUUUGGCUUUUCUCAUCAAA